CAAAGGAGUCCUCCGCGCUCGACCGCGCUCAUAAGAGAAACAGCGUGUGUGGUUCUUGACGUGCCGCGAACCUUCGAACACCAGUGCUGUACUACCCUGUGAGGAAGCGUUCCAGCGACUCUCCUGUUCCCACCACCUCAGUUACCAGCGCGACGUGCUGUUUCGCCCCAGACUCGAUGCCCGUCACAGGCUCGUCCCAUGGCCCUCGUUUCUGCUGAUUCCCGAAUUGCAGAGCUUCUCACAGAGCUCCAUCAGCUGAUCAAGCAAACCCAGGAAGAGCGUUCGAGGAGCGAGCACAACUUGGUGAACAUCCAGAAAACCCAUGAGCGAAUGCAGACUGAGAACAAGAUUUCUCCUUAUUACCGGACAAAGCUGCGUGGCCUCUACACAACCGCCAAGGCCGAUGCGGAGGCUGAGUGCAACAUCCUCCGCAAAGCGCUGGAUAAGAUAGCUGAGAUCAAGUCUCUGUUGGAAGAGAGGCGGAUCGCGGCCAAGAUCGCAGGUCUCUACAAUGACUCGGAGCCCCCACGGAAGACCAUGCGCAGAGGGGUGCUGAUGACGCUGCUGCAGCAGUCAGCCAUGACCCUGCCCCUCUGGAUCGGGAAGCCUGGUGACAAGCCCCCACCGCUCUGUGGAGCCAUUCCAGCCUCAGGGGACUAUGUGGCCAAACCUGGAGACAAGGUGGCUGCUAGAGUGAAGGCUGUGGAUGGGGAUGAGCAGUGGAUCCUAGCUGAAGUAGUCAGUUACAGCCAUGCUACCAACAAGUAUGAGGUAGACGACAUUGAUGAAGAAGGGAAAGAGAGACACACCCUGAGCCGUCGGCGCAUCAUCCCACUGCCCCAGUGGAAAGCUAACCCUGAGACAGACCCUGAGGCCUUGUUUCAGAAGGAGCAGCUGGUGCUGGCCCUAUAUCCCCAGACCACCUGCUUCUACCGUGCCCUGAUCCACACACCCCCACAGCGGCCUCAGGAUGACUACUCAGUCCUGUUUGAAGACACCUCCUAUGCAGAUGGCUACUCCCCUCCUCUCAAUGUGGCCCAGAGGUACGUGGUGGCUUGUAAGGAGCCCAAGAAAAAGUGAAGCUGGGGGCAGGCUAGAGUCUGCCACUGCCGACCUCACAGGAGAAGGCAACAAAGGAGUUCCUGUAAUCAAAUAAAUACUCUUCCCUCU